AUCGACACGACUCUGAAACUACUGCGAUUAUUAAAGCAGGAAACCCAUUAUGAACGGACAACACGGUACACCACGGCACAGCACGGCACCAGCCACUUUGCUUUGUAUUGAUUUAAAUGGAUCGUAACCAACUAUGAACGCACGGCACGGCUCGGCACAGGUCGGCACAGAAACGGAACGGCCAGAAUAUAUAACAUUAUUUCUGUUCGCCUCGAACGAGUAGUACGACUUUGGUUACAUAGAGUUGAACAUCUUUUUUAUAAAUUUCAUAUUUUAAUUUGAUUACAAUGAACACGGAUGAACUUCUCAUAGAAUCAGUGCGAGAAUAUCCAUUCCUUUACGACGUUUCAGAUCCUGGAUAUCAUGAUAACAGAAAAAAGGACAAUGCAUGGCAACGUAUUUCAGAAAAAUUUGAUUCUUCGACAGCCAUAAUUUGCAGAAAAAGAUGGAUCGCUCUUCGAGACAGUUUUCGAAAGGUAUACAAGAAAAGAAGAAAUAUGUCUGGAGAGGCGGCUAAACAAAAACGACCUUGGAAAUAUGAAAAUAUAAUAUCUUUUAUCAUUCCACAUAUUGGAGAAAGAAAUCAGAUUACAAAUCUAACGCUUAAUUUUGAAGAAAGCAAUGAUUCUGUUAGUCAAACAGUUUCGUUAGACGACUCGGACAUCAAUAUUGGUGAUAUCAAAAAAGAAAUAGAAAUUGCACCACAGGGAUUACAGCAAUCUAAUGAUCAGUCCCAACAAACGAUUCUCAAUAAACGAAAAUCUUUAUCCAACAAGCUAACAAGUAGCACUUCGACUGAAAAAGAUAACGACAAAGAUAACGCUCAUUCUUCGGUAGUACAAACGCUACAAGAUAAUUUCGAGAGUAAAAAAAACAAUUCCAAUGAAUAUGGCGCUCAAACCGAUCCUUUGACUGCUUUUUUCAAAGCUAUGGAGGAAACAGUGAGGACUUUUUCUUUACCGAUCCAAAUAGAAAUUAAAGGAAAAAUUGCUGGUCUUGUAAACGAAUAUGAAUUAAAAAAUUAUCAAAUGCAACAGGCAACUUUCAAAUCUCCUUACUCUUUACACGGACAAUGUUCAAAUUGGUCGCAUUCCACAUAUUCGCCUGAUCCGUACUCUUCAACUUCUCCACCUCCAAAUUCUCCUCGAUAAAAUUUCUCGCAACAUCAGUUUUAUGAGCAAAUAAACCAAUUACAAUUAGAUCUUCUUUUAAUUAUUCCGAUAAAAUCAAAAUAUUAAUUUUAUCAAUUUUAUCAAUCUUUAUUUUUCUGAUUCGAUUUUAUUAUAAUGAGAAAUAACAUUAAUACAUGUGUUCUAUUAAAAGAUUUUAUGAAAAUAAUUUUUUGUAAUAUUUACAUUAAAUUAACUAAUUUAACAUAUAACGUUUUGUUAUUAUAUUUUGUUAUUACGCAAUGUUUUAUUAUCAUAAUUAAUAUUAAAAUCAUUUCUUUUAAUUUUGUAUUUGUUCAUUUUUUAUAUUUUCUAUGUUUUAACCUUUGUUUAUUAUUAUGUUUUAACUUUUGUUAUUGCUCAAAUGUAUUAUUAUGUUUUAAUUUUUGUUAUUGCUCAACAGUUUUUAUACUUAAAGACAUUAAUUUAUUUAAGUCAUUUUUGAGACCAUAUCG